CUGGGCUGUUGGGUUUUGACGAAGAUUGAGAGAAGAAGCGGUUGUGAAUGGGUCAAAGAUGAAGACACGGGAUGGUGACGAGUGGGAUUGCUAAUGGCUUUGCAGUCCCAGGAAAAACCUGGUUGAACUAUAGAUGGAACUCAAGGAGAGCCCCUGAUGUUCCCUAUACUAGUGUUCCAUGUUUCCGGUUUUUUCCAAGGGAAUGUUUUGAUAAAAGAUUAAAAGCAUGUGAUCCAAAUGACCAACUUAGAGUGGAUUCGGACCGCCACUUCUCUCCAGCGCUUUCCACGCAUUGGCACAAGAAAAGAAAAGGCAUUGGCAUGAAUGUUCUGUUUAUGAAGUCCAUAGUGCAACGAGAAAAUGUUCACAUUCAGCUUAUUCAAACUUGCUGCUUCUGUUGCAGAUGUGAGUGACAAAUGCAACUCAAGAGAAGAUGCUGGCUUUGUUGCUGUCCUUGAUCUGUUUGAAAAGCUCAGAUGAGGCCCCCCACUCUUUUCAAAAAUGUAGUGGUUUGACUGUGACUUGAGAAGCCAGUUGAAGUUAGUGGGAACUGAUUUCAUCUGCAUUAGUUGCUCAAACUUUGACAAUUGUAUCUGAAGGUGGUCAUGUGAUGACAAUUAAUGUUUCUUAACUGCAUCUUGUGGAAUCUAGUCAUGUUUUUAACUAAUAAAAUGCAGAAACAAGGGGACAAUGUCAACAAGAAACCAGGCUGGCUAGAAUACAAACCCGG